GGUGAUUAUUCAGAUUUGGGCAAGAACGGCGCAUGCGCGUCAGCUCCAGCGCGUCUCAUUCCGCUCGCGUCUGUUUGACAGGAACACAUGCGGCAUAUUCAGCGCUUAGAACUGAAGAGCGCUGUUUAAAAAACACUCCAGCAAGUCUUGCGUGCACACAGAGCUCGAGUGGUUCGGUCAGGAUGGGCUGCUCAUCUUCCAGCACACAGGCGCUCGCGCAGGAGAACCGACCGCGCGUCAAAGCGGAGGACGCGAACGGAGAAACUCUGCUCUCUCGUAAUGGGCUUGUAGCAGAAGACGUGGAGGCCAUCUCGGAUCAGAUGCAGUUGCCAGUUCAAAGCGCUCUGCUGGAUGAGCUGGGUCCUGGACCGGGCGAGACGGUGGAAGAAGUCCAGACUGAGGCCUCAGAAGCAGAGCAGACAACAGUCAGCGCUAAUGAUGCUCCUCUGGAGGGGAGAGAUCCAGCAGAUGUUCCUGCUGCUUUAGAACCCACUGACUCCACGCCUGCAGAACCCUCUCUAGCUGUGGAACCUGCAUCAGAUCUCACCACCGCUCCAGAACCCAAGCCAGCUGAGCUAACAGCAGCUCCGGAAGCCCCGUCAGACGCCAGCUCGGAGCCCACACUGGAGCAAGCAGACUCGGCUUCUGAAGCGAAGCCAGCCGCAGCUCAAGAACCAGUUCCGGUGCAGCUCCCUGUUAAUGUAGAGUCAACUCCAGCUCCAGAACCCACUCCAGUGGAACCCGGCCCGAAUGUAGAAUCAGCUCCAGAACUCACGGUGUCUGAGCCUGUCCCGAGUGCAGAACCAGCUCCUGCUGAGGAACCGACUGUGUCUCCAGAACCAGCUGCAGUGGAACCGAGCCCAGCUCCAGAAUCAGCUCCGGCUCCAGAACCCACGGUUGAGGAACCGAGUUCAGCUCCAGAGCCAGCUGCAGUGGAACCGAGCCCAGCUCCAGAAUCAGCUCCGGCUCCAGAACCCACGGUUGAGGAACCGAGUUCAGCUCCAGAGCCAGCUGCAGUGGAACCGAGCCCAGCUCCAGAAUCAGCUCCGGCUCCAGAACCCACGGUUGAGGAACCGAGUUCAGCUCCAGAGCCAGCUGCAGUGGAACCGAGCCCAGCUCCAGAAUUAGCUCUGGUUCCAGAACCCACAACUGAGGAACCGAGCCCAGCUCCAGAACCAGCUGCAGUGGAACCGAGCCCAGCUCCAGAACCAGCUGCAGUGGAACCGAGCCCAGCUCCAGAACCCUCAGCGGAGGCAGCAGCGAUCACACAGUCUGCAGAGGAGAACGCGACCUGCGCAGACGCUCCAGAGGGAGCCGCUGGUGAGGAGAUCGCAGCAGAUGCAGCUGUCGGUGAAGAUGGAGCUGAUCUGCUGAAAUCCACAGAACCUGAAGAUUGAUGUCAGUGUGUUCAUGUGACACUGUAAGAUGUGCCUUUUAUCUCAGCAGACGUGAGGGUUUGGGCUUCACAUACUUUUGUACAUACAUUAGUGUUUCUAAGUAGCGUUAGCAUCAUUAGCAUUGUUGUUAAAAGCCACAGAAAUGCCUUUGAGAGCGCAGGCCCCGAGGGUGUCCGGCCGAGCGUGGGACGAAAUCACACCAUGUCCUCAUCUCCAACACGACAGCAAUAUUAACUCACCUGAACAAACAUGAGCCAAAGCUCUAAUAACUGUGAAUCAAUUAUGCUUAAUAACAUGUGUUUUAAUGAGACAGAAGGGCUUUGUCUCUUUUAUGUGUUUAGUGCAUGUUCCACCUCAGACUGCAGAUGCAAAGCAGUUUGACUCUUUACUUGCAUUAAUCAAUGACAGAAGGGCAAACGGUAGUAUAUUAAUCAGUAGUGUAUAUUGUUGGGUUAUUUUAGUACAGUUUGUGGUGAUUUCAGAGCGCUAAUAAACCUCAUCUGAUCAGCUUCACAUCUGUGACAUCCCGAAGGAAAGCAGUUACUCAGCGAAUCAUAUCUGUGCGUGAAAACAAGAAAGUUGAGCUCUUUGUAAAAAAUAAAUCAAGCUUUUAAUGAACUGACAUGAUCUCUACACAUCUCCUGUAUGUCUUUUUUACAUUUAUAUGUGCACAGAAUAAAUACA